CCCGUGAGUUCCAGCCCCAUUCAAUCAUUUCAGCUGAGUUUCAGAUCUGAGACGCACUCACACUGCAAUGGCAGAAAAAGAAAAGGUGACGAUAAUGGUGCUGAAGGUGGACCUUCAGUGUCACAAAUGCUAUAAGAAGGUCAAAAAAGUUCUCUGCAAAUUCCCUCAAAUACGAGACCAGAUAUACGACGAGAAGCAAAACCAGGUGGUCAUCAAAGUGGUAUGCUGCAGUCCAGAGAAGAUAAGGGACAGGAUAUGCUGCAAAGGUGGGGGAGCCAUCAAGAGCAUUGAGAUCAGAGAGCCUGAGAAGCCCAAACCACUGCCGGCAGACAAACCCAAACCGUCGGCAGAGAAACCCAAGGAGCCAGAAAAGCCUAAACCUGCAUCAGAGAAGCCCAAAGAGCCCGAGAAGCCUAAGCCUGCACCAGAGAAGCCCAAAGAGCCCGAGAAGCCUAAGCCUGCACCAGAGAAGCCCAAAGAGCCCGAGAAGCCUAAAUCUGCACCUGAGAAACCCAAAGCUCCCCCACCAAACCCUGGGCCUCCGCCUGUUCCAGUGAACGUGAACGCGUACUGUGUGGAUUGUUACCAUGGGCAUCCUGGUGGGCCAUGCCAGACUGGCUAUGGUGGAGUAGCCCCAUACAUCCAGUAUGAUGGUUACUAUGGAAGGCCUGUGUACGACAGUUAUGGCGGUGGCAGGAGCUGCAAUACUGACUAUUGUGUUGGCCGCUCUGACUGUUUCAGUGAAGAAAAUCCCCAAGGCUGCACAGUCAUGUGACUUCCCAUAUGGAUAUGGUGCGCAGCGGAAUAUUGUUGAGGUCAAGUUCAUUUGGGUUUGGAGUUUCAGGGACAUAAAUUAAAUAUAUGUAAAUCAUCUUCAAUCUUGGGUCAUUUUAUGUUUAAUUAGCAGCAGUCCAGUUUAUAUUUAGAGCAUUUCUACCGGUUAGCCCCUUGCCAUGGCAAGGGAGCUCUAGGGCAGCUACUAUUCAUGUGAAUAGUAGCUGCCAUAGCCCCAGCAAAGUGUGUUUUCAGCACUUUAGGCUUGCCAUGAUAAAUACUAUUUAUUUUUUUUGUUUUUUUCA